CGGCACUUCCGGUGCGGGCGCGCGAUACUUCCCGGCUAGUCUUGCGUCCGGCCGCCAUUCCCGAGAUCGUGAAGCCGGCCCAGCGUUUCCUGUGGGCGUUUCCUCCUCUUUACUCCAGGACACCUCGCCGGAGGGUGAGGAGCCGGCGGGCGCCUCGCAGUGUUGAAGUCUUUCAAGCGCAGUCCUGCGGUGUGACAGAAGAUGGAAGUGUGUCAGGAAUUGCGGAAACCAGCAGUAAGCCUGGAGUGUGGGCACUGCAGUUUCAGAGGCACGGAUUAUGAGAAUGUGCAGAUCCACAUGGGCACCAUCCAUCCUGAAUUCUGUGAUGACAUGGAUGCUGGAGGACUGGGCAAGCUCAUCUUCUACCAGAAGACUGCAAAGCUCUUCCACUGCCAUAAGUGCUUCUUCACCAGCAAGCUGUACUCCAACGUGUACCACCACAUCACAGCCAAACACGCCGCCUCAGACAAGUGGACUGACCAGCCAAAAGAGCAGCCGAGCAAAGAGACGGAGUCUACAGAAACCCCUUCCCUUCCUGAACAUCAGAAUACAGUCUUUGACCCAGCAGAAGUGAGGCCCACUCCAACCCUCACCAUAGAAACACAGAAAACUAGCCCUAGUUUGUCUCCAGAGUCACAAGCAUCUGUUCCUCCAAUUCUGGAGCCUCAGAGCUCUGGUCCUGUUAUUUCACCCGAGCCACAAGCCCCUUGUCUUCCUGCUGAGGCCUCAAAAACUGCUUGUGUUUCUUCCCCUGAGUGUCUAGACCCACCCUGUGAGCUUCCUGAGCUGGAGAAACCUGAGCCGGUCUCUUCUCCUGAGUCAGUAAAGUCUGCUCUUGUCAGCUCCAAACCCCCAAAGCACUCUCCCUUUGCAGACACAGGGGCACCCCCUUCAGCCUUGUCUCCAGAGUCACCAGUUCUGGCCACUUCCCCUGAACCCUGGGGACCAUCCCUCACUGCAUCUCCAGAGUCUCGGAAGCCAUCGAGGACUGCCUCACCUGAACCAAGGAAGCCAUCCCCAUCAGAGGCUCCUGAACUCUGGAAGCCAUUCCCUGGCAUCACUUCAGAGCCACGGAGACCAACCCCAGCAGUCUCACCAGGUUCCUGGAAGCCAGGGCCUCCUGGUUCUCCUAGGCCUUGGAAGUCCAGUCCUUCAGCAACAUCAGGACCAUGGAAGUCCUCUAAACCUGUUCCACCUAUGUCUCCUGGACCUUGGAAGCCAAUACCUUCUGUGUCUCCUGGGCCUUGGAAACCUGCUCCAUCUAUGUCUACUGCAUCGUGGAAGUCUUCAGUCUCAUCUGGUUCCUGGAAAACGCCACCCACAUCUCCAGAGUCGUGGAAGUCUGGUCCACCUGAACUCCGAAAGACAGCCCUUCCCUUGUCGCCUGAGCAUUGGAAGGCAGUGCCCCCUGUGUCUCCUGAGCUCCGCAGACCAGGCCCACCACUUUCCCCAGAGAUCCGAAGUCCAGCAGGUUCUCCAGAGCUCAGGAAGCCUUCAGGGUCACCAGACCUUUGGAAGCUUUCUCCUGAGCAGCGGAAAACUUCUCCUGCUUCACUUGAUUUCCCUGAGCCCCAGAAAAGUUCUUGUGGUGGUUCUGAUCUCUGGAAGUCUUCCUUCAUUAUGGAGUCUCAGAAACCGAGCGUCUUCUCUGAGCCGAGGAAACAUGCUGCCUCUGGCUCAUCUGAGUCACCGAAGGCAGCCUCAGACAUAUGGAAACCUGUCCUGUCUGUGGAUGCUGAGCCUAGGAAGUCGCCCACCAAAGCAGUCCUUCCUGCUUCUCCUGAGCCACGGAAACGUGCGCUUUUCCCAGAGUCCCGAAAGCAUGUGCUUUUACCUGAGCUUCCCAAACCCGCUGUGUUCUCAGACACCCAGAAGGCCCCUGAGCUCAGGGAGGAAGUUGAAGCUUCGGACGAUGCAGCAUGUGAUAGUCUGGUUCAGGAAGGGCUUCUGGCCACACCCAAGAAACUGUUAGAAGAUGCUUUAUCUCCUUCAAAGAAGCUCAAGAAGGACAGCCAGGAGAACUCGGAUGCUGAGCUCAGUAGCAGUGAAUACAUCAGAACAGAUUUAGACAGCUUGGACAUGAAGGGCCAGGAGUCAAGCAGUGAUCAGGAACAGGUGGAUGUGGAAUCUAUUGAUUUUAGCAAAGAGAACAAGAUGGAGAUUGGUAGUGCAGAGCAGGCCAAAAAUGUGCUUCAGUUCACCGAGGAGAAGGAGGCCUUCAUCUCUGAGGAGGAGAUCGCAAAGUACAUGAAGCGUGGAAAAGGGAAAUAUUACUGCAAAAUCUGUUGCUGUCGAGCCAUGAAAAAAGGCGCUGUCUUGCACCAUUUGGUUAAUAAGCACAAUGUCCACAGCCCGUACAAGUGCACAAUCUGUGGAAAAGCAUUUCUUUUGGAGUCUCUCCUUAAAAAUCAUGUAGCAGCCCAUGGGCAGAGUUUACUUAAAUGUCCACGCUGUAAUUUUGAAUCAAAUUUCCCAAGAGGCUUUAAGAAGCAUUUAACUCACUGUCAGAGCCGGCAUAAUGAAGAGGUGAAUAAGAAGCUGAUGGAAGCUCUUGAGUCGCCACUGGAGGAGCCGCAGAUUUGACUUUCAGAUGGUGACCCUUGUUCUGCAGUGUUGCUUGCCAAACUCCUAGGUUGUUGAGUAGCCUAACCGGAUCAGUAGUCUGUGUGUAGUGAGUGUAUCCUGUUUGUCUAAAUAGUGUUACAAAGAAGUAGUACUCGGUUAUUUUUUCAUAUGAUCUCUUGUUUAUGUGGCUGGCUAUUUCAUAAGUCAUUAUUUUUCUGUUAUAGGUUCCAGAUGGAUAUAACUCAUUUUCCUUAAGUUUAUUUUAGUCAUAAUACAAGGAGUCGGGGAAAGUAGGCAAGCCAUGUACUAAACAAGCAAGUUUAAGCCUGAUCAGAGCCUUUGUCCUCCCCUCUGUGUGUGUGUGUGUGUGUGUGUGUGUGUGUGUGUAAGUAACUGAUUUCAGAACAUAGAAAUUAUUAGAUGAGGGCUCAGUGGUAGAGCCUCACCUAGCAUGUUUUGCAUACUUAUCAGUUCCAGAGUUUUAUCCCCAGUACCUUUUUAAAAAAAUGGAAUAUAUGAGAAUUGAGCAUGAAAAGUAAAUUUGAGAAAAAUUUUGUUAAAUGUACUUUUGAGCCAUGUCUAAUAUUUUAUUUUUUCAUGUAAAUUUCAUUUGUAAAUCUUUAAUACUUUCUCAAUGUUCAUUAAUGUUUGUUAUAAAGCAGCAGUUCUCAACCUGUGGGUGGAAUGACCCUUUCACAGAAAGCACAGAUAUUUCCAUUAUGAUGAUAGCAGAGUUAGCUACGAAGCAGCAAUGACAAUGGUUUUAUUGUUAGGGGGUCACCCUCACAUGAGGAACUGCAUGGAAGGGUCACAACACUAGGAAGGUUGAGAAUGCUGUUGAAGAGAGUUGGAGUCUUAGUGCCGCUGGUUUUCUGUUGAUAGGACAACUGAGUGGGUUUUUAAAGCAGGUUCGGUAUUUUCUGCAGGCUGAGGAGACCAGGUGGUUAAGGACACCGCUUGCCUGUGGUUCUUUGUGAUGAAGUCUUCCUUGUGGGGCUUGCCCUUCACUUCCCUGCCAGCCCACAUCAACACAUCCUUAAUUGCCAAACGUGUUCGUGUUUGUACCUCCUCCUCUGGGCCUUAGGUACUUUCUGUUGGGCUCAAGACCUGAGUAAUGAGCAGGUGCUGAAGUCUUCCAGAUUCACAGUGGGAAGGAAACCGUGCCGGUGUGGCAGCCGUCGGCGCAGAUUUGGCUGCUUGGGAGCCGAGUUGAAGGUGAUUCACUCAAGCUCAAUAUGGCAGCAGUGAAGUCCUGCCUCAAAAAGCAUUCCUGUUUGGAAAAGUUUGCUUUUGUUUCACAUGAUUUUGCCAUUGUAAAUACCUUGUAUCUCUUGGUAGAUUAUUCUGACAUAUUUUGUUAAAUAUGUAUCAACCAAAUUAAAAAGGCUUUCAUGUUAA